AUGGCAACCAAUCAACCAAAGGCUAUAAACAACAUUGAAUACUACAAUAUCAUUAACUUUGACACUACUACAAAUACAUAAGUACAUACAUAUGUACAUAGCAUAUAAAAGAAACUUUGAAGGUUAUAGUUGAUUUGGUCGUAGUACGGAACAAAUCGGCACGUAGCUCUUCUUAGACCUUCAAAGGUCUUGACUAUGCCUAAUACUCACUCCUUAACUUUACCUCCAAAACUACGAGACAACAAAGUAGUUGAAGAUGAAGGGUCACCGUCGCGUGAUGUACUCAUCUUCUUUAUCUCCGGAAAUCCCGGCCUCAUUGGCUACUAUGAGCCCUUCUUGUCAACUCUCCGGACACUCCUAGAUGAGACUAACUUGCUCCGAAAUGCUCGCUUUCAAAUAUACGGUCAGAAUCUAGCCGGCUUCUCUGACGACGACCAUGAACCUUUCACGACGGACAGGAAGCCUCAUAGUCUUGAAUAUCAGAUCCAGCAUACCCUCACUGUUCUAAAACAGCUACGCAUCGAAUCUGGUCCGCGUAGAGGACUACCGUACGACGAUAUCCUGCUCAUCGGGCAUUCUGUUGGUGGAUACAUCACUCUCGAGCUCUUUCAUCGCCUUCUCCGAGAUCCAAGUUUGGCUCCUCAUGUCCAUCUUACUUCCGGCAUCCUCCUCUUUCCAACCAUUCAUCAUAUUUCGAGCUCCCCAAGUGGGUGGAAGCUCAAUUUGCUUCGCAAAACACCCAUACUUGGCGACAAUGCAUACCGCAUUGCUCAAACAAUUUUGCGUCUCUGCCCGCAUAAUGCCCUUCAUUGGCUUGUACGCAGGGUCUUGGGCUUCUCGGCUCACGGGGUAGAAACAACGACGCGCUGGCUCAAAAGCCGAGACGGCGUAUGGCAGGCUUUACACAUGGGCAUGGACGAGAUGAAAGUCAUCGGGGAAGAACGGUGGGGCAACGAAUUGUGGGAGAUAGCCCACGAAGCCGAAGCUCACGACAGAGAAAUUCCCACCUUCUUCUUCUUCUUCGGUAAGAAUGAUCAUUGGGUAGCGAAUGAGCAUCGAGAUGGGUUUAUCAAGAGGCAGAAACAUUCGAAACGUACGAGAUUAAUAGUGGACGAAGGAUGUAUUCCACAUGCCUUUUGUAUACAUCACAGCGAGAUCAUGGCAGAAAAGGUCAAAGCAUGGAUUCUCGAGAUGUACGGUGCGAGCUAGCAAUCCCUUCGGCCUGAAAUCCCUUAGUACUUCAGACAAUACGUAGAACUACGUUGUACAUAUGUCAGCAUCCCGGAAUACCAAACCGG